CUCGUCACCUUUUACCUCUCUAUAUAAUCAGAAUCAAAUAUGAACGAAAACAGAGGGCAAUCGAUUAGUGCCCAAAAACAUUUUUAGGGUUUUUGGGAGCUAAAAAGAACAAUACGAAAUUCAUGGCGGAGUGUGAGAGAGAGUGUAGAUCUGAGUGAGCGAGAAAUGGAAGAGUUGGUCUAGCAAUUAAAACUGGAGUGGAGCGAGGAUUUGGGCGAUAAAUUAGAUUGCGAAUUGAGAAAGUAAUUGCGUUCAAAUAGUUAGUUUAGAUUUUGCAAAUUAUAUUCGAGCUAUUAAAUUUUGAAAUAGCAUCAAAAUUAACCUAAUUUCAAUGGCUUCCUUUUUUUCUCAGUGAUUUUGAUCUCUAUCUCACACCUUUCGGAUACUCAAUUUACUUCCCCUCUUUCUCUCUCUGCAUUUACAGUCUGAUAUAAUUGUGAAUAUGAAUAAAUUCAUAUAAUCUGCUUUUAAUUGUUCGUUUUCCAUGUAUAAGUAAUGGAGAUCUUGUGUGAUCUAUAGAAUUAGAUGCACAUUUCGGUUUCGUUUUCAAUUUGUUGAAACUUUAAUAGGGUUUGAUCUUUUAGAUUAAUCGUUUCUGGUGAAUCUUGAGUUUUUCCUUAUGUACGUGAAUUACCUAUUCUGAGUUCUCCUUCAAAAGAAUUCAAUGUGAUUUAGAUGGCAGUGAUCGAUGGCUCAAGACGAACAUACUUCUAGGUGUAGUAACAGCAGUAGCGGCGGCGGCGGCGGCGGCGGUGGUGGAGGUGGCGGUGGCGGUGGUGGUGGUGGUGGUAGUAGUCAUAGAUCUUCCAAGAAGUUGAAACAUAAGAAAGUGCCACAGAGAGGAAUGGGUGUGGCUCAACUUGAGAAGAUUAUAUCGGAGGAACAACAGAAGAAAGACGUCGUUUUAACCCCAAAUUCAAUCAUUUCUCCGAGCAAUUCUUGUUCCAAUUUGGCCACCAUCCAAAAAGUUCCCAAUUUCCGGCCGCCACCAAUUUCUUCAUCUUCGAUCCCACUUCCGCCACCGCUGCCACCUAAUCACCACCCUUUGAUUUCCAAAACCGAUGGCAUAAACACCAUCUCCGCCUCCUCCUUUUCCAAAUCUACAAACAUGAUCAGUGGUGGCAGCAGUAGUAAUUGGUGUAGAUUAUGGAGUGAUGGUGAUUACAAUUUCGAAGGGGAGAAACAAAAUCAAAAUCAAAAUCAUGGUAUGGACCACCCUAGAUACACUGCAGCCUUUCCAGCAAAUCUUGGUGGUUUGCCUUACGAAUCCAACCCUCCCAUUUGGCCACCUCCUCCUAAUCUAAUGCUGCAAAGAUCAUCACACUUUCAACAACCUUGUUCUUCAUCAAUGGUGAAUGUUUCGGCAGGAACUUCAUCAUCGUCAUCAUCAUCUGUAUUAAAUUUUCAGAUGGAGCCCCCUUCAAACCAAAGCUAUAAUAAUGGCAACAACAACAACUACCAUCCAUUGUGGCCAGAGGAAGACAAGAUGGUUGGCAUGAAAAGGCCAUACCCGUUUUCAUUGGAAAACGUGCCAAUUCCAUCUUUUCAUUGCAAAUUUCCUUCGGCUUUUGUGUCUCCCAUUUCAAGAUCAGAUGAAUCAGCUUGUUGUAGCAAUGGAGGCACUAUCACCAUGGAACCUGCACAUCCAGUUUUCAGAGAAAAUCCUUCAAGCUCAGGUCUCAUAUCCGAUACAAUAACAAAGAAAUUCAUCGAUGAACACCAAGGUUUGACUUUGACCAGAGAUUUUCUCAAGUUAGCCCCUCCUCAAGCAUCUUGUAUAGGAGAACAACCUCAAUUCGAAACUCAUAAAGGUCACUCAAAAGAUCCGACCCAUUUGUCUGGAAGAACCGGGUCAAACCCACAACCUUUUCUUACUUUCUUUCCAGCUGCAAAAACAUCAAUGGGUCAGCCAGGGAACAGCAAUGGAGAGGCAGGUGAAACUGUUGAUCUAAAUUUGAAGCUAUAAAUGUCUUUAUUUAUGUUGUCAAGACCAUGAAAAGAGAAAUAAAAUCUCAAUUAAACCUC